GCUUGAUGAGUAUAUAAGCUAACAGAAAGAAGGCCCUUCUCCAUAGUACAGAGUACUUAGUUCUAGGUAAUAGUUAAAUGAUUGAAAUACUAGUUCUUGAUUUUGCGAGUAAAAAUAUUGGGGAACCGUGCAUAAGGGAUGAGUAGUAAAAUUAUUGAGUGUAACUUUGUGUUUGAAUCUUUACAUAAGAACUUGCGUCUCAUCUUCACACACCCAGCCUUAUACCUCCAAUGUAACCCAAAAUUGCAAAUAUCUCUAAUGUAACCCUAAAUUGCAUAUACCUCUGGUUAAGAAUCAGGCCUUGCAAGGACAGGUGCUCAAGCUUGAUCAAGUGCCUCCACACGCAUCUUGAAAGUUCUAGGAACUAGUGGAGUGGUAAGAUGUAACUCACGUGGAUCUGUCAACUAAUAAUCAACCGGUUAGUUGAUAUGACCCUAUGUAAAUAGUGCAAAUAAAUAUAUAAAUGUCACCAAAGGUGUCUUCAUGGUCUCUGCCCCAAAAAUCAAGAAAGAGAGAUAAAGCUUUACAACAUAUGAUCUAAUGACAAAUCCUUGAUUGUUAUAUGAUCCUCAUAUGAUUGCUAUUUAUGAUUUCUAUAUGAUAAUCAUACACAGUCUAAAAAAGGCAUGAAUUUCAAUUAUUAGAUGGCAAAUAAACAGUUAGAGUAAAUUUCAAUUACUCUAACUGUUUAUUUUUACAAGAUUAAUGUGUUAACUGUCAAUAAAGCAUUUCUAAACAUUUUUUCUAUGUGCUCAAUUUGAUGAUUGGAAUUAGUUGGAAACGGUGCCUGGGGAGGCUUGAGCCCCCUCCCCCAUAAUUGUUAAACUGUAGUAUAUUUCCUUUAUAACAGUCACCCCUCCAGUAAGAAUUUCGUUCCGACGGCACUGAAUAUAAAUAUAUAAAUAUAAUUUUAGUGCAAAAACUUCUUCUGUUGUUAGGUUGAAAGGUGGCACACUGGCCAAAGCCUCUUUUGGGAACAAAUUUGUCAUUUUUUGAAUUCCCCAAAAACACACCACCAAUCACUUGUCCCUGACUUGAGCUAUUCUACUACAAAGGGUCCUCCGGUUUUACUAAGCUAUGGAAUCACUCAAAACGCGCAGUAGUGAUGAACUGAAACUGAACUGAGCCAGAACGACUCAUAACCAGUAAGCGAAGGGAAAGUCCCUUGCAGAAAUAUUUAAGCGACUUUCCUUCAAAGACUGCACUUAAUUGAGUUUUGGCACGGGUGCAGUGAAGACGUCUAUGUAAACUUGCUUUUAAACGUAGACACAUCGUCUUGUUGCAUUAGUAAUAGAGAAAACACUGAAUUUAAAGAAGAAGAAAUAGCUAAUAGCACCCUUCAGUUGCUGGUUGUCACGAUUGCUGGUGGCAAGAUGAGUUGGCCUUUGUCUUUUUCAUUGGUGAUGCUUGUCAUUCACCGCUUACACAGUGAAAAGAUAGAAAUAAGUUGCAUUAGAGAAGUGAGGUUGCAAGGCUUCAUAGACCCGCAAUCUGGCACUCAGCUACCUUGCUACAAUGAAGAUGGAGAUAGUAACUGCAAAAUCGUCUUGUUUGGAUCGGAACGUCUUCAGUGCCUGAAGAAAUGUUGUCCUAAAAAAAGCAGUUCAACGAAGAAGCCCAUGUCAGGAGCUCUAUAUAUUGUAAAAUAUGCGAACAUUUCAUCUAAUGGUAGGAAGUCAUUGAAGAUUAAUUCAAGAUUAGUAUCACCAGCCUGGAGAGAUGUAGCAAUAUUCUUUAUGUGUGUUAUAUUACUGAUCCUGAUUGGCUUGCUUGCAUAUUGCUGUUGCAAAAACAAAAAAGUAAAAAUAGGAAAACCAGAAGAGGAUUUGAGUCCCCAUGAUGCAACACCUAUUGUGGCAGUUUAAAAGAUCCACCAGAUGAAGAAAAGAGGACCAAAAUGAAUUGAGUUAAGAAGAACUAAAAGUGAUUUGCCAACUUCUGUUUGCAUAGUCUGUGACUAUGAUAACUGGGUUGUUUUCAACCUAGCCAUUAGCUCUUUAGGAAUAGACCAAUUUUUAUCACUGUUGUUAGUGAAAAAAUGAAGCAGUUUCCAGUGUUUGAUUUUAGGUGUUAGGGCAGGCGCGCAACCAGAAAUUUCAGAGGGCAGGGGUCCAAGACACAAAAAGGGCACUAAUUAAACUUCAUUAAAGGUCCACCGGGGCAUUUUUGCCACCACACCCUUGCAAAUAGCUUAAAUUCACUAAUUCGUUUAAGAUGUUUUACUUUUUAAUUGUAAUUUUGUUACUUUUAAUAAAUUCCAUUUAAAAACGGAAUUCAUUGCUUUGUGAGGCUCCCUAGACCUCGAGGCCCUAGGGCAGUUUGCCCCUUUUUUCCCCUCUCGGCGACCCUGCUGUCAUCUCCUUUUCCCAGCGCCAGCUCACUUUUGAAUAGCAGCCCAUCAUCUUCCAUAUCCGAAGACAUUUUGCUCUUUGAAAUAUUAUUAUUGAAUUCUUUGCUUCGCAUUACAGUGGGAGGAGGUUGAACAGUUCCACGAGCCUUGCCUUCAGCUGGUUUCUGUCUCCAAGUCUUGCUUUCAGCUGAUUUGUAAUACUGACAAGGAACGGAACAGCUGAACAUCAACUUUUUGUGCCAUCUUUACUGCUUGCUAAUACCAGUCCGGGAAUAUUUCUCUGCAUUCGCUCGUUUCAUGCAAAGGUUUUCUAUGACCCUGUCAACUAUGUGACAGGCUUGAAAAAUGUCUUGGUUUCUUUCUUGUAACUUCUUACCAGAGGUCGUAGAGGCUCUAUCCCGUUCAAAAUAUUGUGCCUUUAUUUUGGUUUUUGAGUCCCAGAACCAUUCUUCUUCAAAGCCAGUGCGUGGCGCAUCAUAAAACACGCUGUAGAGUUGGGGCUUGAAGAUAUACUCUAUUACUGCAACAUGAUGACGUUCGACCCAACAAGUACGUGAAAAAUUGACUAAAUAAUUUAUCUGUAUUCCUGCGAGGUCCAUUACAUCUCCGGAGUGUGUCAUUUACUGUAUGACCAACCAUUUUAGCGUAAUAAUCAAAAUAUUCAAGCAAUUUUCCAAGAAAAGGCACUUUUCCCCUUUUGAGAAAAAGGGCAGGGGUCUGGACCCCCAGGACCCACCCCCCCCCCCCCCCCGUAGUUGCGCGCCUGUAGGGCUAAGAUGUUAUUCUCUUGAGGCAAGUAUAGGGACUUGAAAUAUGACAUUCUUUAUAAUGCAUUUAGAUUUAUGUAAAUGGUGAUGUGUGUAAGCCAUGAAAUGAUUUUUAAACUCUCCCUCCACUCUUUGGCCAAUUCAUUCUUCUAUCAAACUCCCCUAUAUUCAUCGGCAAAUGCCAUCUCUUGUCUUGCCUUCCCUCCAUUCAUUGGUCAAUUUGUUGAAGUAAACAUUAGUAGACAUGAAGAACACUGAGAUUGAUGGGGCUUAGGCAACCCAACCCCUCUGGAAAUGUCCUAGAAUACAGUUAAGCUAAUACAUUGAAUUGCAUUUCCCUUUUUUCUUUCACUUACUGAAAUCUUUUCAGUACCCCUAUCCUUAAUCCAUAAUUUUGCCUUACAACCCCAAGCAAAAUUUUACCUGGGAUUGUAGGGGCUGGAUUCAUUCAUUCUGGGUUUCUACCUUGCUAUCAUCCAGUUAUCGGAAUAUAAAUUUGUUAAUUGUAAAAUAUAGUAUAUCCUUAAAUAAAUAAAUGGACUAGAUGAUCCAGUAAAUAAACUCUCCUCCAAAUAUUCCACUAAAUUUUCCUUUUUUAAAGUUUUCAUGCAUCUAGAUGUGACCCUUUGCCAAAGAUUGCCAAAAAGAAAAUUUAGAAAGCUUUUUCCUAUAAGUAAAAGAGAGCAUGUCAGGAGCCCAUUCUAAGUAGUGUUGUAUUUGUUUAUGUUUGUAUUUAAUAAGAAUAUUUCGUAUUCAGGCACAUUAAAAAGUUGUAUAUAUAUUUUCACUGUGUUAAAUUUUGGGUAAAUUUUUGUGAUCAAUUCAUAUCAAUAGAUGUGAUUUUUAUAGAA